UUUCCUCGCUGCCGGUACCUUCGUUUCCGGUCUGUGCGGAACUCCAGCAAUCAGUCAUGGCGCUUUCCCAGAGUGUGUACAAUUUGCUCUUCAGGAGGACCUCAACCUUCGCUGUAACCAUCAUGGUGGGAGCCGUCCUCUUCGAGCGGGUAUUCGACCAAGGCGGAGACACCAUUUUCGAGCAGCUGAAUCGCGGGAAACUGUGGAAGCACAUCAAGCACAACCACGAGAGCAAGGACGAGUAGUAAUUUGGGCUCGGGCGCCACAGCCGAAGAGCCUCGCCUCCAACAUCCCGUCGUCAUCGUCGUGAUCUUCUCGGACGCGAUCUCCCACCGGCGGGUUUCCAUGAUCCAAGAGUUGGAUAAAAGGUUUAAAGACUUAAAUGGAAUACAUGUCCAUUUGGCGUUAUUAAGAGUCAGAUACAGCCAUCGUAUGACGUCCCACUCUGUCAUGUAAUUUAUCAUCAAUUAUUCCGUUUUUAAUGGAGUUCCAAGAUAUUUUCUGCCAUCAGUUUCCUCAUUUCCAUAAACUCAGAAGCGGUACAAUUUUGCUCACUUCUGGCUCUGACACGUAGAUCAUCUCUGCUGAUCGUUUACUCUAAUAAUAAAGGUGACGAAUGUUGCUGCA